UGCCUCCGGUCUUCCCAAUCCUUCCGCGCCAUAUUCCUCCUCCCCGCUCUCUCUUCCCUGCUUUCUCCAUCUCCAGAGAUUCUUCACCCUUUUGCCUCUGCUCGGCUAGCUCCUCCUUCCCUGUCCUGGUCCUCGCCCUAGACUCCCGCUCUCAUUGGCUGGCGGGUGGACGCAGUUGUGCCCUGGAUGUCCUGAGUUUGGCCAGAUCCAGUGCAAGGUCGACGACUCGCUGCUGACUCUCCAAGGGAGAAGAUCCAUGAGGUGGAAUCUGGGUGUCAAACACUUUCAUCCCUCAACAAGGAAAUCCUUUGUUUUUUUUAAUAUUGUUGGAGGCAGCAUUGGAGCACGAAUGAAAGAUGGGAAAGGAAGACCCAGCUAGCUGUGAAGCAGGAGAAGGCCUUGAGGCCAGACAAGUGGGGAGCAGCAGGCAAUUCUGGGAAAGGGCCAAGCAGAAGAGGCUGGUUGAGGACCUCGGGAGCUCAGAGGCCCAGCGCCUGCACUUCAGGCAGUUCUGCUACCAGCAGGCCGAGGGCCCCCGAGAAGUUUGCAGCAGACUCCAUGCCCUUUGCCAUCAAUGGCUGAAGCCGGAAAGCCACACGAAAGCUCAGCUCAUGGACCUGGUGAUCCUGGAGCAGUUCCUGACCAUCCUGCCCCCAGAGAUGGAGAGCUGGGUCAGAGAGUGUGGAGUGGAGACCAGUUCCCAGGCAGUGGCCCUGUCAGAAGGUUUCCUCCUGAGCCAGGCAGAGGACCAGAGUCAGGAAGAACAGCAGGUGCAAGGACUGUUGUCAGAAGUGGCCCCUGACUUCCCUGAGGCCAAGAAGGCUCCAUCAGGCACCAGGCUGAGGCCUCUGUCCAAGGAGAUCCCCAGGCAGGAGGACAGCAGUGGGGCCACCUUGCUGGGUGCUGGAACAACGUUGCCAAUUCAUUCUCAGCCCUCCCUUCUGCCUGGUGGGAUUGAAGAUGCUUCAAGCCCACCGAAGAAGGGCCAGGUGACCUUUGAGGAGGUGGCUGUGCAUUUCACGGAAGAGGAGUGGGCUCUGCUGGAUCUGGACCAGAGAACCCUGUACAGGGAAGUCAUGCAGGAGAAUAGGAGGAAUGUGGCCUCUCUGGCAGACUACAGUGGGGAAAGGAAUAUGGAGGGGAUUUGCAAUGGAGGAUUGUUGGUUGAUGUCAGCUGGAAAAAGAGAGGGAAACAGAGAAAGAGCACUGAAGCAAAAGAGAAGAAGAGGAAUGGAUCUUCUGUUUCUCAUCAUGGAGAAAUCCAUGAACCAAGCUUUCCACCUCAGUGGGAAAUGCACAUAGGAAAGAAAACAUAUAAAUGCUUGGAGUGUGGAAAAAUCUUCAGUGAGAGCACAACACUGAGUACGGAUCUUACUAGGCAUCAAAGAACCCAUACUAGAGAGAAACCAUAUGAAUGCUUGGACUGUGGAAUGAGUUUCACUAACAGAGGAAAUCUUACUAGCCAUCAAAGAACCCAUACUGGAGAGAAACCAUAUAAAUGCUUGGAGUGUGGAAUGAGUUUCACUAACAGAGGAAAUCUUACUAUCCAUCAAAGAACCCAUACUGGAGAGAAACCAUAUAAAUGCUGGGAGAGUGGAAAGAGUUUAAGCCAAAGUGCACACUUCACUUCCCAUCAAAGAAUCCAUACAAACGAGAAACCAUAUACAGUGAGGGAAAUAAGUAUUUGAUCCCCUGCUGAUUUUGUCCGUUUGCCCUCUGACACAGAAAUGACCAGGCUAUAAUUGGAAUGGUAGGUUUAUUGUAGUUGUGAGAGACAGAAUAACAACAAACAAACCCUCAAAAGCCCAGUGCCCAAAAGUCAGCGAUGGAUUUGCAUUGUAGUGAGGGAAAUAAGUAUUCGAUCCCCUAUCAACCAGCAAGAUUUCAGGCUCCCAGGUGUCUUUUCACUAUAUGCAGGUAACGAGCUGAGAUGAGGAACACCCUCUGUAAGGGAGUGCUCCUAAUCCCAGCUUGUUACAGUACCUGUAUAAAAGACACCUGUCCAUAGAAGCAAGCAAUCACUCAUCUUCCAAACUCACCACCAUGCCCAAGACCAAAGAGCUGUUGAAGGAUGUCAGGGACAAGGUUGUAGACCUGCACAAGGCUGGACUGGGCUACAAGACUAUCGCCAAGCUGCUUGGUGAGAAGGUGACUACAGUUGGCACGAUAACUCACAAAUGGAAGAAACACAAAAUAACUGUCAAUCUCCCUCAGUCUGGGGCUCCAUGCAAGAUCUCACCUCGUGGAGUUGCAAUGAUCAUGAGAACGGUGACAAAGCAGCCCAGAACUACACGGGGGGAACUUGUCAAUGAUCUCAGGGCAGCUGGAACCAUAGUCACCAAGAAACAAUUGGUAACACACUACGCCGUGAAGGACUGAAAUCUUGCAGUGCCCACAAGGUCCCCCUGCUCAAGGCAGCACAUGUACAGGACCGUCUGCAGUUUGCCAAUGCACAUCUGAAUGAUCCAGAGGAGAACUGGGCGAAAGUGUUGUGGUCAGAUGAGACCAAAAUCGAGCUCUUUGGCAUCAACUCAACUCGCCGUGUGUGGAGGAGGAGGGAUGCUGCCUAUGAGCCCAAGAACACCAUCCCCACCGUCAAACAUGGAGGUGGACACAUUAUGCUUUGGGGGUGUUUUUCUGCUAAGGGGACAGGACACCUUCACCGCAUCGAAGGGACGAUGGACGGGACCAUGUACCGUCAGAUCUUGGGUGAGCACCUCCUUCCCACAGCCAGGGCAUUGAGAAUGGGUCGUGGAUGGGUAUUCCAGCAUGACAAUGACCCAAAACACACAGCCAAGGCAACAAAGGAGUGGCUCAAGAAGAAGCACAUAAAGGUCCUGGAGUGGCCCAGCCAGUCUCCAGACCUUAAUCCCAUAGAAAAUCUGUGGAGGGAGCUGAAGGUUUGGGUUGCUAAACAUCAGCCUCGAAACCUUUCUGACGGAGAGGAUCUGCAAAGAGGAGUGGGACAACAUCCCUCCUGGGUUGUGUGCAAACCUGGUGUCCAACUACAAGAAACAUCUGACCUCUGUGAUUGCCAACAAGGGUUUUGCCACCAAGUACUAAGACAUCUUUUGUGAAGGGAUCGAAUACUUAUUUCCCUCACUACAAUGCAAAUCCAUCGCUGACUUUUGGGCACUGGGCUUCUGAGGGUUUGUUUGUUG